AUGGCCCCCGCACGCGGAUGGGAUGCCUCCUCCCAUGAAUCUCUCUUGUUCGCCAUUCUCGACGAGGUCAAGCCCAAGAAGGCAUUUCUCAUGAACGUCACCGAACGUAUGAAGAAUAUGGGUUACUCUUACUCCUACGAUGCCAUAAACCAACACAUACAGAAGUUGCGCAGAAACCGCGACACCUCGGGAAUUGACGCGGCAGCUGGUGGAACCCCUGGAACUCCAAGAAAGUCUUACAACGCCUCGCCGACCAAGGGCAAGAAGAAGGCCACUCCCAAGAAGCGCAAGUCCGCCGCCGACGACGAUGACGACGAUGAUGAAGAUGACGACGACGUCGACUUCACCAAGGCCUUCAAGGAUGAUUCUGGCCUCUCUGAUCAGGAACUUCAGCCCAAGUCCAAGCGGACCAAGAGGACACUGACCCCUUACAAGAAUGAGGACAUCGAUGACGAUGCCCAGAUUUGA